UGCAAGUGGCAUUAUAAAUAAUGCCUUGAACUACAAUCCUGUACCCACAAACGAAAGCCAUGAGAUCUUCACCUUAUAAUCACAAAGUAUGCUCUCCAGCCUCCCUGAUCUUCUAUGUUCAGCUGCUUUCCUUGUUACCAUACCUUGCUUUUGCUUCUGCUAAUUCAACUGAAGCAGAAGGUCUUCUCAGAUGGAAAGCCAGCUUUCUGAAUCGAACUGAGAAUAAUAAUCUCACCUCCUGGACUUACCUUCCUGGCGGAGUCACCAAUUCAUCAACCCCAUGCAAUGAUUGGACUGGUAUUUCAUGCAACAGAGAUGGAUGGGUGAACCGGAUAAACCUUACCAAUUUUGGUAUACAAGGUACGCUACAUGAAUUUCCAUUCUUGUCCUUCCCUCAUCUUGAAUAUGUUGACCUCAGCCUGAAUGUAUUCUUUGAUACCAUUCCACCUCAGAUCAGUUCUCUCUCCAAACUCAUCUAUCUUGAUAUUUCUUCUAAUCAUCUGACUGGGACAAUCCCACCAGAACUUAGUCUUCUAUCAAAUCUUAAAGUCCUGCACCUAAAUGAAAAUAAGUUAAAUGGCUCAAUUCCCAAAGAAAUAGGCCAACUCAAGUCUCUUUACGAGCUUGAUCUCAGCACCAACAAUCUAGAAGGGUCUGUUCCAGCUUCUCUCGGUAAUUUGACCAACAUGACCCACUUGUAUCUCUCUCAAAAUCAGCUUUCUGGUGCCAUUCCUCCAGAGAUAGGAAAUCUAUCUAGCUUGAUCCACCUGGUCAUGGAUGACAACCAUUUGACUGGUCCCAUCCCACAUCUGAUCAGUUCCAUCUCCAAACUCAUCCAUCUUAAUCUAUCUUAUAAUAUGAUCAACGAGACAAUCCCACCAGAAAUUGGCCUUCUAUCAAAUCUUGAAACCCUGCACCUAGAUGCAAAUCAGUUAAAUGGCUCAAUUCCCAAAGAAAUAGGCCAACUCAAGUAUCUUUAUGAGCUUAGUCUGGGCAUCAACAAUCUAGAAGGGUCUAUUCCGGCUUCUCUGGGUAAUUUCACCAACAUGACCUACUUGUAUCUCCAUCAAAAUCAGCUUUCUGGUGCCAUUCCUCCAGAGAUAGGAAAUCUAUCUAGUUUGAUCCACCUGGUCAUGUAUGACAACCAUUUGAUAGGUCCCAUCCCUCCAAGUUUUGGAAACUUGAAGAACUUAGUUUUACUGUUCUUGCGAUUGAAUCAACUGUCUGGCCUAAUUCCCAGCGAGAUUGGGAAUCUGAAAUCCAUUCAGAUGCUGUCAUUCAAUGAGAACAAUUUAACAGGUCCAAUACCUCCAAGUGUAGGAAACUUAAGAGGGCUAACCAUAUUGAACCUGUUCAACAAUCAUCUUUCUGGCCUCAUUCCCAGUGAGAUAGGGAAUAUAAAAUCCCUUCAGGUGCUGGUGUUGAGUGACAACUAUUUAACAGGUCCAAUACCGCCAAGUGUUGGAAACUUAAGAGGGCUAACCACAUUGUUCAUGGACAACAAUCAACUUUCUGGAUCUAUACCCUCAGAAAUAGGAAAUUUGAAGUCUCUAGAGAAAUUAAGCUUUUCUAGUAACACUCUUCGAUAUUGGUAUACAGAUAGACUUGCUAGUUUUCAUCUGAAAGAGAAAGGGAAUGUGAAACUAUCCUUGGCAAUGAAUCAGCUCAAUGGUAAUAUGAGAGACCUUAACCCUAUAAAUAAGCUUUCAGGAACUAUCCCUAGAGAGAUAGGGCACUUGAGAUCUCUUGUAUACCUAGAUUUGUCUGGUCAUCGACUCCAUGGUUCAAUUCCAAUAUCAUUUGGUGAUCUGACAAAUCUUACCUUUCUCGAUCUCUCUGGAAAUAAGCUUUCUGGUACUAUUCCUAAAGAGAUAGGGAACUUGAAAUCUCUUCUCAUUCUAGACUUCGUCCAUAAUCAACUAAAUGGCUCAAUCCCAACAUCCUUAAGUAAUGUGAGGAAUCUUGAAAUUCUCCGUCUAUCUUCAAAUAAGCUUUCUUGCACUAUUCCCAAAGAGGUAGGCCACUUGAAAUCCCUCACGACUGUGGAAUUAAACUUCAAUCAACUUAGUGGUUCCAUUCCCACUUCAUUUGGUGACCUGAGCAGCUUAAAAAUCUUAAACCUCAUGAGCAACCAACUCUCUGGCUCAAUCCCUCAAGAAAUAGGAAUUCUCAAGAACUUAAGUGAACUACAACUGGGUGAUAAUCAGUUUGUUGGUUACUUACCCCAAAACCUUUGCCAAGGUGGAUCUCUUAGCAAUUUUUCUGUAACCAAUAACUAUUUGAUUGGUCCAAUCCCCAAAAGCUUGAAAAAUUGUACGAGCUUAAUCAGACUCCGUCUUGAUGGGAACCAAUUGGAAGGCAAUAUAUCACAAGGCUUCAGCGUUUAUCCGAAUCUUGAUUAUUUAGAUUUGAGCAAGAAUAACUUCUAUGGUGAAGUCUCACACAAUUGGGGACAAUGCCCACAGUUGAGAACCCUACUAAUUGCAGGGAACAACCUUACUGGUAGCAUACCACCUGAUAUUGGCAAUGCAACCCAAAUUCAUGUACUCGAUCUUUCUUCUAAUUAUUUGGAUGGGACUAUUCCAAAGGAAAUUGGGAGGUUGACUUCUUUGGUGAAGUUGAGGGUGAAUGAAAAUCAACUUUCUGGUCCUAUACCUUCCGAAUUUAGAUCAUUGGCUAAUCUUGAAUAUCUUGAUCUAUCCACAAACAGAUUCAAUGAGUCGAUUAUACGCUUUGUAGGUGACUUCCUCAAAUUAAACCACUUGAAUUUGAGCAACAACAAGUUUGGAGAAGGAAUUCCAUCUCGUUUGGGGAUGUUAAAUCAUGUUUCCAAACUAGAUUUAAGUCACAACUCACUUACUGGUAAGAUACCAUCAGAGAUUAGUAAUAUGGGCAGUUUGGAGAAGCUGAAUCUGUCCCACAAUAAUCUCUCUGGUUUCAUUCCAGCGAGUUUUGAAGGCAUGCACAGUUUGUCAUCCGUCGACAUUUCCUACAAUGACUUGGAAGGUCCACUUCCUAACAGCAAAGCAUUUCAAGAUGCUCCCCUAGAAGCAUUGCAAGGGAACAAGGGCUUGUGUGGCGAGGGUGGAGCUUUGCAACUCUGCAAUAGACAAAGCUCUAGAAAGCACCAGAAACAGAAAUUUCUAAUCACAUUCUCUCUUCUAGCAGCACUUGCACUUCUAGCUGCUAUCUUCGCAAUUGUCUUUGUGAUUAGAAGAAAGAAGACGCACCGAAAUGGGGAAGAAACCAAUACGCAUGAAGAAAUUUGUUUUUCCAUAUUAGGUUAUGAUGGAAAGAAGAUGUAUGAGGAAAUCAUAAGGGCAACACAAGAUUUUGAUUCCAUAUACUGCAUCGGAAAGGGAGGACAUGGGAGUGUAUACAGAGCAAAUUUGUCAUCCUCCAAUAUAGUUGCUGUGAAGAAACUCCAUCUGCUAUGCAGUGAUGACAAUAAUGUUCAGAAGGAAUUCUUGAAUGAAAUCAGGGCACUCACUGAGAUGCGACAUCGAAACAUUGUGAAGCUUUAUGGUUUCUGUUCACAUAAGCGACACUCAUUUUUGGUGUAUGAGUAUCUAGAAAGGGGUAGCGUGACUGCAAUGCUGAGCAGUGAUCAUGAAGCUCAUGAAUUGGGAUGGAGUAAGAGGCUUAAUAUUGUGAAAGAUGUUGCUAAUGCUUUGUGCUAUAUGCACCAUGAUUGCUUGCCACCAGUUGUACAUCGGGACAUAUCGAGCAAAAACAUUUUGCUGGAUUCUGAAUACAAGGCCUAUGUUUCAGAUUUUGGCACUGCUAAGUUCUUAAACCCAGACUCAGCUAAUUGGACUGCCCUUGCAGGCACAUAUGGUUAUAUGGCACCAGAGCUCGCUUAUACAAUGGAAGUAAAUGAGAAAUGUGAUGUCUAUAGCUUUGGAGUAUUAACAUUGGAAAUAAUUAUGGGAAGGCAUCCAGGAGAUAUCUUCGCAUCUUUAUUACCACAGGCAUCGUUGGUGUCAUCAUCAUCAUCAACUGCCCAUCAAAUGCCGGUUAUGGAGUUUUUGGACCAGCGCAUUUCCCCUCCUUCACAUCAAGUUGCAGGGGAAGUGCUUUCUCAUUUUAAGAUAGCAUUUGCAUGCUUGAAUUCCAGACCAGAAUCUCGUCCAACAAUGAAACAAGUUUCUCAACUCCUCUCAACUCAAAGUCUGCAUUUGUCCAAGCCAUUACGUAUGAUAACUUGUGGUGAAUUGCUUGUUCUCAAUGCUUAGACUACUUGAGAAUCAGAGAAUCUAUGAGCCCUCUUCCAAUGAUUGUCUAUCCAGGCCAUUAGAAGCUACGUACUGUUUCCGGUCAUUUUGCGUGUUGUGGUUAAUAGUUUAAUGAUAGUGCUUUCUAGUUAGACUCUUUUUUCUUCUAAGUAUGAACAAAACAAAGAUUUCCUUGUAUAAUUUUUGGCUUUUUCAGA